ACGUUUCAAUUAUAUUUUGAAAAUUAAGAAAAUAUUUAAAUGGGACAAAAUGAUCACUAGCAGAAAAUUAAAAUUUAUUCUUGUUCAAAAGUGGUCUCCUUUUGGGUUAAUAAUAUUAAAUAUAUUUCUAUUAGGAAUUUAUUUACGAUGCAUAAUGCAAAGUAAUUGCACUCAAAAUGUUAAUAAACUGAAAAGCUAUAACAUGAUUGCCAAAAGAAACAUAAAUAAUGGCGCGACAAACUGUUUUUUACUUGUUUUUGUAAUAUCAUCUCCAAGUGGAUUUUUACGCAGAAAAACCAUUAGAGAAACCUGGCUACAAUCUGAUAUAUAUAGUGAAAAACAAGUGUGUCGAAAAUUUGUUGUUGGAACUAAAAACUUGAGCCCUGUGUUAAUUGCAGAAUUAUAUAGUGAACAAAAUAUUAAUCAAGAUAUGUUAUUUCUUAAUGAUCUUGUAGACUCUUAUCAUUCUCUUACUACAAAAUUAUUACAAACUAUAAUUUGGGUGUCUAACAAUAUAAAAAGCGUUUAUGUAAUGAAAGUUGAUGAUGAUUCUUUUGUGCGUUUAGAUAUUCUUAUAGAAGACUUGAAAAAGAAAAGCACUUUAAGUCGAGUUUAUUGGGGUUAUUUUAGAGGAGAUUCAAAUGUAAAAACAACGGGAGAAUGGGCUGAAAAUAAUUGGAUUCUAUCAGAUCACUAUUUACCAUACGCCCUUGGUGGUGGAUACUUGAUAAGUUAUGAUUUAAUUGAGUAUUUAGCUGCCAUUCAUGAUAUGCUUCAGUUGUAUAACAGUGAAGACGUUUCUUUAGG